UUUCACAUCAGAGAGGAGAGAGGAAUUGCUGAAAAAGUUGAUGGAAUCUUCUUUAAAUAAUGUUGGUGUUACGAUAAAUGAUGACGACCAUAUCACAUCAAUGUCAGAAUUCAGCGUCUAUAAAGAAACUCCUCGGAGUAAAAUAUUUUCAAUAAUUCGCUAUCGAAACCAUCCUCAGCUGUUCGGGCUGGAAUACACAAGCGGUCGGCUGAGAAAUUACUCGUCUCCUGACAGGGAAACAUUAUUGGCUGGUUUGCUAGACGGUGUUAGAGCCAGUUGAAACAGAGAUGUUUGCGUAAAAACGACCCCAACGAAGAGAAGUACUGUACGCUUAUUCAUAGAUGAUUGAGCGAAAAUUAUGGUCAAAAUUUUCCUGAUGAAAAUCUCGUACUGCUAUGAUUACCCUAAAUACGAUCCCUCAUUUCAUACUCCUGCUGACGUAUGUGAUCUCAUAUAACACACCAACAAUUACACUUCUCGUCAGGUUAUCGUUGGGGUCCAUUGUAUAAUGUUGUUGACGAAGAAGUAG